AUGGUCAACUUCCGAGGCACAUCCAUCUUCCCGUCUCCCAGCUCAUCGUCUAUCUCCUCAACUGCACGAUCCAUCAGCUCUGGCUCCCAAGCAGAUUUAUCCUUGCCAUCAAGUAGUGUAUCAUCAUGGUACGAUCGCUGUCGGUUCUCGUCUUCCGCUGCUUCCGCAUUGAAACAAUUUAGAACAAAGCUUGCACGAGGUAUCGCACCAAGCGGUUCUUACCAACCCUCAUAUUCCAACUCCAAUUACAACUCCCAUUCCUCCACUGGCCCGUCUUUACACGUUCAUGGUGACAUCUACAUUUACCCCUCUCGCGAUUCAGAGAGUUCCAGCGAUUCCUCUGAUCCUCCUUCGGAGGCAAACGCGAGCUCGACCAGCAGCGAUGCGCCUUAUCACAUCGAUAAUCGCUCUGCUUUGACUCCUUACUCUCGCCAAACCCCUUAUUUCACGCCCAAUAAGCCCCGCAGUAUCCUCAACGCGUACAACGGUGGUCGACAAACUGAGUUGUGGGGGUCUAAAUCCAGCAGCUAUCGUUAUGCGCCCCAGUCAUCGUUCGGUGCAUCCUCAGCUCUGACGUCUACCAACAACAACUAUUCGUCAUGGACAGGAGAUGACUCAUUGAAUGGCGUACAACCAAAAGUGAAUCUGAACAGUUAUGGUACCCUGUUUGGCCGAGCUGCCCAGUCGAAAUCGCAGACAUCUACUACCUCUAGUAGUAAUGGUUUCGUACCAAAGAAAGGGGGAUAUGGGUUUGACUGGGGACCUCGACUCGGUACGGGACGAGUAUCUGUAUCCGGAUCCAAUUUCAGUGUCGCAAGUGGCGCUGAUAGUCAAAUCAGUGACCUUAGUGAUGCAAUCUCCGAGUUAUCAAAGAUGAUCAAGUCACGGGGAGGUUCAGUGACGAUAACUUUCACGACCUCCACCCACAACUAG